AUGGACAAGAAGGAUAAAAUCAUUAAGCAACUGCAAGAGCGUGUAAAUGAGCUAGAAGAUAUCAAUCAGUCUUUGAAUGAAACUAUUGAAGUCCUUCUUCGCCGCAACAAAGAGCUAGAAUCCAAGCUUUCAGCAGAAUCUCCAAAACACAUCCCUUCAAGUCCUUCAACUCGUCCUUCCACAACUACAUCUGAAUACAGCCAAGACGUCCUCCAGCAUAUCCAAAUGGACAAUUUAUCAUUUUUCCAAUCACUUAUCUCUAAUGGUUUAUCAAUUGAUCGCCAUUUCGAGGAAUCAGGCACUUUUUUAAUCCAUGAAGCCGUAAAAUCAGGCGCUAUUAAAAUCCUGCAUUUUCUAUCAUCAAGAUGCAAUGUAAACGCUGUUUCUGAUGACGGGGAAACUCCUUUGACGCUAGGAGCAGAACUGGAAAAGCAUGAUUCUAUUUGUAUGCUUUUACAAGCUGGGAGAGAUAAAGUUGAUUUAGAACACAAAAAUAAGCAAGGACUAACAGCUCUGCAGAUAGCUGUGAAAAAAGGAAAUAAAGAAAUUGUUAGCUUGUUGCUGGAACAUGGAGCGGAUAUAACAGUUACUACUGUGCUUGGAGAUUCUUUAUUGAGGAUGGCUCAACGUGCUGGGCAUCAAGAGAUAGUUUUGUUGCUAGCAAAUUCAGGAGCUUCUUUAAGAUAA